UACCACACAAAUACAAUGACGCAACACACAGAUAUCUCUCAAUCCAUCUUAUUAUAUCUAUACACCAAGAAAGAGAAACAGUUGUUCACUCUCUGCCCCACACUCGAAAUUUCGCUUCAAUUCAGAUAAGGACUUGACACUGCCAAGAGGUAUACUACAGUACAUAAAUAAAUUUCGAGUUUGUGGAGCUGAAAUUGGUUGCUGGCUGUCAAAGAUUGGAUUUUUCAGUGAUACAUUUGAUGGGUUUCGGUUGUUCUUGCUAAAGGGUUGUGGCUCUGCUCUGAAGAUUGCUUGGUGUUGAAGAGUGUGUUGGGGAUUGAAUAUGGGUUUUGACUGUCAUCUGUAAAUGCAGAACUGAGAUUCAUGUUCAUCCAUUCUGGAUUGUGAGUGUGGUCUCAAAUUCAAGUGCAUUUUAAAGCACCAUGAUCUUCAUAUUCAAGCUAAUAGCUUUGCUAAUUUGGGUGUUGUGGCAAUCAGGUGAUCUUUGGUACAAGAAGGGUAGAUUCUCGUUUAGGUUUUUUCUCUUGAGGUUUGGCAACUCAUUGAAUUAGAUUCUGCAUUGUUUGAGUUGUUCUCGAGAACAAAGUAGAUGUAUGGAUCCGAGGGAAGCUAUGACGUCACCUGGAACAGCUUCCUAUUAUAUGCCGAGAGGGAUGACUGGGUCCGUGGCUAGUGUACAGGGAACGACAAGCAUGCAUCCCUUGUUAACUGGUGCUGGUGUUCCCUUUCAAUCGAGUAGUGGCAACAGUUCGGUUGGGCAAACGUUAGUUGUAGAUCCUUCGUCAACAGCUUUGCCACAGAGCGAGCCUCCUUUACGCAGAAAAAGGGGAAGGCCCCGGAAAUAUGGAGUUGAUAGCAGCAAAGUUUCAUUAGCAUUGACUCCUCCAUCUGCUCCUGCUGCCAGAUUAACGCCAUCUCAAAAGAGGGGCCGAGGAAGGCCACCUGGAACUGGUCGAAAGCAACAACUAGCUUCACUUGGUGGAUGGAUGUCUCAUUCUGCUGGAAGUGGCUUCACUCCACACAUCAUCACUGUGGCGGUAGGAGAAGACAUCACAACAAAGAUAAUGUCUUUUUUGCAACAAGGCCCUAAAGCUGUAUGCAUCUUGUCAGCUAAUGGUGCUGUCACCACUGUAACCCUUCGUCAGCCAUCGACUUCGGGUGGCACUGUCACAUACGAGAAAUCAAACUUGAGUGCAUCUUGUCCUUUACAGGGGCAGUUUGAAAUAUUAUCUCUCUCGGGCUCCUACUUGCUGAGUAAUAAUAGCAGCGGUCCUCAGGGCCUAAGAACUGGUAGUCUUAGCAUUUGUCUUGCUAGUCCAGAUGGUCGUGUCAUAGGAGGUGGAGUCGGGGGAGUUCUCAUAGCAGCCAGUCCUGUUCAGGUAAUAUUGGGGAGCUUCAUAUGUGUUGGCUCCAAGGCGGCAAAGAGCAAACCCCCGGUGAGUAUAGAAGGUGCAGCAGCACAUUUAAACCGCCAGAGUUUUGACAAUUCUGUAACUCCAUCCGAUAUGCAACAGAACCAGAAUCUGAACUGGCCUCUGCAAUGAGUGUCUGGACAGGUUCAGGUCAGCCAGAUAUACAAAGUUUCCAUAUUGACAUUGAUUUGACGCGAGGAUUACAGCUUCUUCCAACAGUAGAAUAUGAAGUGUAUAUAUAUAUGUAUGUAUGGUGUGAAGGCCAACUUGGUGUAAGGCUAUAACUGUCUUCUAAACUUGAACUUUUUGACACAUGACAUAUAAUGUUGGUCUGAAGUGAAGAAUAUAAUGUUUUGCACUGCUGUGAA